GUUAUCUAUCUCGAGAAUUGAUACCAAUCUUACCAUGAACACUGAAAGUAUAAUUUGAACUCUAUAUCGAAAUCCAAGUUAGUUCUAAAUAUCUGUGUUCAGAUUGUGCCAUUUUAGCUGGCUUCGAAUUUCAAAAAUGACAAAUUAAGCAUGAUUUUGAUAGGAUUUUCGGUAAAUUUAUAACGAAUAUAGGAUUGAAUUUACUUAUUAUAGAUAUCAACCACAUUUAAACACUGAUUACCCCGCCAUUCAGUUCUUUGCUGAUAAUAAUAUUUCAAACCCAACUGUAAAAACUUGUCCAAAUAACAAUAAUGGAAGUUUCAGUUCUUUCCUACUUCUCGUCAUUCAAUCGUUCGUUCAUACUUAAAACACUAUCCAGCAUCAAAUAUGGAAGACUAUAUAUCACGAUGAAAGAUCAGAAUGAGACGAAGCCGAGAAUUUUCGGUAACACAUCGUCGGAUUCGAUAGAUUCAUGCGAACCCAAAUGCUCAGUUAUUAUCAAUAGUCCUAACGUUUGGACUCGAAUGUCUAUCAAUGUUGAUUUGGGGUUCUUUGAGGCAUUCAUGGUAGGAGAAUUGGAGUGUGAUAAUCUUGUUGCUCUCGUUUCCAUAUACAUACAAAAUUAUGCACUCUUUGGAACCGGUAACAUCUUUCUGCAAAUAAUUCCUCGCAUUCAAAAGAUCUUCUUCAAACCUUCAAAUGAUAGUCGACGCGCUCUCCAGAACGCAUCAUCCCACUACGAUACCUCGAACGCAAUUUUCUCUUCUUUUCUAUCCCCAGAUAUGAGUUACUCAUGUGCGAUAUGGGAUACCACUGGUAAAGAAGAAACUCUCGAGGAAGCACAGAGACGAAAAGUGCACAACAUCAUUGACAAAGCGGAUAUCAAGCCAGAACAUCAUAUCCUCGACAUUGGAGGUGGAUGGGCAUAUCUAGCUAUUGAAGCUGUGAAGAAAACUGGAUGUAAAGUCACAGUGAUAACUCUGUCUAUUGAGCAAAAGAUUCUGGGCGAGAAAAGGGUAGAGAAGGCGGGAUUAAAAGAUCGAAUUGAGAUAUUGCUUUGCGAUUACAGGCAGACUCCAAAGCCAAGCCCUGCAGGGUUUGAUAGAAUAAUCAGUGUCGAAAUGGUGGAACAUGUUGGGGAGGAGUACAUGGAAACCUAUUUUAGGAAGAUCAGUGAAUUGUUGAACCAAGAAAAUGGAAUCAUGGUAGUCCAAGGUAUAACCAGAAAGAAUAAGGACUUCCACAAAACUCGAUCCAAGGUCGACACUUUUAUUGAUCGUUACGUCUUCCCAGGAGGAUAUCUCCCCACCGUAAGAGAAAUUAUUGAACGUCUUGAAGUAGGAUCUACUGGUUCUCUAGAGCUUGAAAGUGUGCAGAGUAUAGGUCCUCAUUAUGUGCGAACUCUGCGAUUAUGGAGGGAAAAUUUUAUCAAGAACUGGGAUGAGACUAAGUUGUUGUACAUGAAAGAAAGAGGAGAUAUGACGCCGUUGGAUCUCGAAGCUUUCCGAAAAAGGUGGAUCAGUUACUUUAGUUAUUGCGAAGCAGGCUUCCGAGCUGGUGUUCUGGGUAACCAUGUAAUUACUGCAAAGAGGCCACAAGCUUCGUCUCCAAGUGGAAUUGUCCCAAUUUGAUGGGCACGAGACAUUGAAUGACGGACGUAAGGAUUCUGCCAGCGAUUGUGCAACGACACAGAGUUAUAAUAAAUAUGUAGAGUGGAGUUUCUGAUAAUCUGAAUUUGAAAAUA